GUAAAUAUGGCCGAUAGGUGCUCGGCACUAUGUUGUCAUUAGUGGUUCCAUUCUUCUAAGGCUUUCGCAUGUGGCAUUAAUACGGAUUUUCAUUUGUGACAUUUGGGAAAUUAAGGCACAUGAGACAUGACAUCUGCAGAGGCGUAUGAAGCAUAUGAAGCAUCUGAUGAGGCAUCAGAGAGUGAGCUUCUGGACAAGAGUCUGUCGUUCUGGAAGGGAUGGGGAGUGGUGGAGAAGGAGGUGUUCACGCCGGUGCCACAUGACAUCUACACAGCCUGCAGCAUUGGGCACUAUGACUAUGUCAGGUCUCUCAUUAUCAGGGGAGAUGUGGAGAUUGAUAAGAAGAACAGAGGGAGCUGGACUCCACUAAUGUAUGCGUGCUACAUCGGCCAUGACAACAUCGUCAACUUGCUGAUAGACUCAGGGUGUGAUGUGAAUGUCAAGAACCACAAGGGACAGACACCGCUGAUGCUGGCUGCCAGCUGUGGGAAUGAGACUGUGGGCAGGACUCUCUGCAGGAAUGGAGCAGAGCUAGAAGAGUGGGACAAGAAAGGAUGGACAGCUUUGUUCCAUGCUACAUAUGCCGGCCACCAGAACUUUGUCCUCUUCCUCCUGGAACAGGGGGCCAACAUGAGUGCUGUAGAACCCAGCUCUGGUAAGACACCAUUCCUGGAGGCUGCAGCAGAGGGGCAUGAGAUCAUUGUACAGUAUUUUCUACAUAAUGGUGUUGAUGUGAAUGCACGUGCAUUUAAUGGUGACAUGGCGAGAUCCUUAGCUCUCAUCAACGGCCACAUGAAGAUAGUCAGUUUGAUCGAGAACCAUGUCAUGCCUAUAUCGACUCUACGGUCAGAGCCAGAUCUAGAUGGAGACUUGAGCUCCUCAGACGAAGCCUAUCAGCGACCUAGACACCACCCUUCACUCAGAAACUCCAAGAACAAACUGAGAGACCCAAACAUCACGGAUGGGCCAAAGGCAAUAGCCCGACUGAUUGACAGAGGCCACAGCGGCCACCCUGGCCACCCCAAUUCCUGUGUGCCAAAAGGCUACAUGACAUUCCCACAGGCAGAAGGACCACAGGCAGAGGAGACCAAACUCUCUUACAGGGAUGUUACCUCUCCCAUCAACCCAGAAGACUACACACUGGACAGUUCUGGGGGGCGAGAGUCUUGUGAUUAUGAUGAUGACAGCAAUGCCUUCUCCAAAACUGGUGCAAUAACCAUCAAGAGCAGCUCCAGCUCUAGUGGUGGACUGGUGGCUGCCCUCGGACUCCACCGAGAGAGCAGUAGUGACAGUGACGAGCUUGUCAUGUCAGGGUCACAUGACAGGCCAGCAGAGUCACAUGACACUAUGAUCGAGGACAGGACGAGUGUUUCACACAUCAGGGCAUCAGAGGCACAGGAUAUUAUUCCACAUGAAAAGAAGUCUGUGGAUCAUGACAAGACAAUAGAGUCACAUGACAGGAAGUCGAAAUCACGUGAUCAGACCUCAGGAAAGAAAGCCUGGUCUCACAUGUCUGAUUAUGACAGACAUGAACAAAAUCUGCAGCAAACACCACACAUCGAAUCUCAAAUGGAAAAUCUCCAGAUCUCAAACACAAGUGACAUUUCUAGUCCCAGCUUCACAUCUCGAACCAUAUCACAGAUUGGGAAGGAAUCUGACUCUGACUCCAGUUAUUCACCAAUGACCUCUCCUUCCAUUAUGAGAGACUAUGGCAGUGACAAAGAUUCCGCAAUUGUGCAAGAUUCAGAGUUUACAAAGGAUCCCACACCACUUGCACUUAGGCAAGAUGGCAGUGGCAGCAGUAUUCCCUAUGACUAUUUGCCCCCCCUGCAGCCUCGGGACACACCGUCAGGGCUGCGGCGGCCGCUGGCGGAGACUGCAUGCAUACUCCCUGGUGACCCCCAGGAUCUACACACCCUGCUGCAGCAGUUGGGGCUACAAAAAUAUCUGGCAACAUUCGAGGAGCAGGAUGUUGAUCUGCCAGUGUUCCUCUCUCUCACAGAUAAUGAUCUUAAGGAGAUAGGCAUAAAGUUGUUUGGUCCCCGGAAGAAGAUGACAAAUGCAAUAGCUCGGUGGCACAGUCGCGCCCCACUGGCUUCCUCCCACCUGGAGCAGUGUUAUGCUGACCGUCUAGAGGGGGAGAUGCAGGAGAUGGCAAUCCAGCUGAACCAGGUGUAUGCAAGCGUGGAGAAGCUGAAGGCCCAGGUGCAGCAGGAACAACAGUUGAGGUCAGUCACAGAGAGCUGCCUGAUGGAAGAGCGAGGGCGGGUACAGCAUGUUACCAUGGAUAUCAGACACAAAUGUGCUGAAGUCAAAGACACAGUUAAGAGGCUCAAGCAUUUCCAUUCUGAAAUCAAAGAGAGGCUGUCAACCUAUCUGAGCUCAGCUGAUGACCAAUCAAAUCACGGAUCUCAUUCCAGGCAAGCAGAAGUUAUGAAACAAGGCUUCUCAUUUGAUGACAGACAAACACGACAAGCCAAUGAUGUCAAAGCUCUGUCUUUGGAGAUUCUUAUCAGAAAAACAGAACAUUAUGUGAAAGAUAUCCAACAGUGUGUGUCUCUAAUCCUGGUAAACAGUGAACAUUUGAUGGACAAAGCUACCAAGUGCAAUGUUGAUCAAGGCUAUGGAUAGCAGGGCAAAUAGGAGUUCACUCUUAGAUCAAUUCACACCAAAAUGUUAGUCAUUUUACAAAUAUAUGGGUAUGCUGUCUUCAAAAUGAUUGCGUAGUGAAACUGUUCUGAUUAUGUAUUAUUGUUUAUUGUGUGUGAUCUAGUCAGUUAUGAACAUGAAAGGCAAUAUCAUGUUCUUUGCUAGAAACGACCAAGAUAAAAGUAUAUUAUGAAAAGUAUGAGUAUUUUAUCAGUAAAUCCUGAUGGUUUUUUAUUACGUGUUUAUGGAAAUACUACAUUAAGAAAUAGUUAUUAAAAUUAUGAUGGCUUCUGUAUAAUUAUUUAAAACGUUCAGGAAGGCAGUGAUUCAAGAACAUAUACAUGCAAGUUUUGUCCACAGAUGACACAAACUCUUUGGUCCUAACAUUCAAGUGCUCUAAUCAAUACAGAGGAUAUCUGAUUGAAUCCAGAAAGAAUUGAUGAAACUCUGUUAUUUUGAUAUAUGAUACAAUAUUGUGUUCAGUUGUGGCGGUGGUAGUUGCGUUUGGUGGUCAGAGUGGUUUCCCAAUGGGUACAAUUAGUGAGGAGCAGUUCUCAUAUCCUCCACUGUGAUAUUGCUGUAAUAUUAUAGUAGUGUAUAACCGUACUGACUCACUCACUUUUUGUAAAUUCAAAUAAAUUUUCUUAUUCUUUCCAAAGAUAUAAGGUUUGUUCUGAGUAUUUGACCUAACUAUUUACUUGUUUCGCAGGGCACUACCACCUAAUAUUCUUUAAAAUGAGCUGUUCCAAGACUUAAAAACAUUGUUAAGUUAAUAAUUUAUGUAUUCAAAACACAAAGUUUAGUCUGGAAUGGUAGAAACUUAAUCCGCUUGUAUACUCAAACACAGAAUUAGCUGUGAUCACACGGAUGUAUUCAUAAGUAAGAACUUCUUAUAGUUAUGUUGGUGUGGGGUGUAUGGUGUUACUGGUUGGACGACCAUUUUACUGUGUGACACAAACACCUUUGACCUUGAUUUGACAUUUAUCGGAAUCAAUGUGAAAGUUACACCUCCAGAGUUCUUUUCCUUUGGAACUGCUAUUCAACAAAGUUUUUAUAGACAUUUUGAAUGAUGUGUUUCACUAAUCAUGUGUCUAAUUUUAUGACAUUUUAGAGUGUAAGACACAUGCUAUCGGCCCAGAAGAAAUAAUCAAGCACAUCUUUGUUUUGAUGAGUAUGCAAUAUCGGGAGUAAUUUUAGGAAAUAAUAUGUUUAUAUUUCAUAUCAGUGUAAAAAUUAAAAAAUUACAUUAUGGUAUAGGAAACAUGAUUGUAGUUAGUUUUGUGUUUGAAUAUACUUUAUACAGUACUUAUUGCCUAUGCACCCAUGUGUUAUGAUGGUGUAAUAUAGCUGAUACUGAUGGAAUCAGACCAGUUAUGUAUUAUUUAGUUGCUGUUCCAGCUUUGUACUGUGUAAUGAGCAUGUUAUCACUGUUAUACACCAGUGGCUACUGAUUCUUUUCAGGGUUAAAGUAUUUCAGUCACUUUAAGUCUAACAGAAGGGAUCCCAACAAUUAUCAACAAUGAAAUGUUGUCAGGUGUCAAAGGUGCGAUCUCGUCAACAAUCAAAGAUGCGAUCUCGUCAACAAUCAAAGAUGAGAUCUCGUCAGGUGUCAAAGAUGAGAUCUCGUCAGGUGUUGAAGAUGACAUCUCGUCAACAAUCAAAGAUGAAAGCUCCUCAACUAUUAAAGAUGAAAUCUCAACAAUCAAAGAUGAGAUCCCCGUCAAUUAUCCAAGAUGACAUCUCGUCAACUAUCCAAGAUGAUAUCCAAGAUGAGAUCUUGUCAACUAUCCAAGAUGAGAUCUCGUCAACUAUCCAAGAUGGGAUCCCAGCAAUGUCAAGGCUGAGGCCACUCGGGCUGCCACAGAUUGCAUCACACCUUUUGUCACUGUUUCACUCCUUCAUGGACUUGGUCUGCAAGCCUACUUAACGUAGCACAUGUACCUCCAAUCUGCCAAAGAACUUGAACUUUCAUACCCCGGAAUAUUUUGUAUGUUUGCCUGUGACCACACUGUUACACUGCUAUGUUUGUUAGAGAUGAUUUGCCUGUACACAAUGUUGCAAGAGAUUUUAUCCAGUUGUCUUUAUAUGUUAUUGUUGACAUUUGCACCCUAUUGUGCAAGCAAGGUAAAUGUUUUACUGUAAUGUUGAUGUCGUACAAAGCUGAUUAAUACCUAUGGUGGUAUGUGCAGAGAACUGUUGUGAGAAACUGGGUAUGGGCAGGUACUAAGUGAUUCAGUUUUCCUGAUGAGCCUACGGAUUAAGACAUCACUUGAAUUCAGAUAUUUUCAUCCACUUACAAUAAUCUAUAAUAUUGCCAACAUGUUUACUUUAGCAGGCCAACAAGUAGAAUAUUUUAAGGCCCUAAUAUAUAAUUAUAAGCUUCCCAUCCCAACACGAAUCACUGCCAAGCACACAGCCACACAUUAUCAUGUGUCUAAGACAAAGGAAAUCUCAUUUUUACUACUGGUUUUGUUGACGAGCUACACGAUUUAUGUUGUCCUACAUUCAUACUUCCAGUAAGUCAUCCUUAAACUGUUAACAUCAACUGUCCAGUACUCUAUUAAAGAAUAUUUAGAACGUUGAAAAUCUAAUGAUGGAUUAUGGGCAAGGCCUUUAUUAACUUUGACUAUUUACAUCAGUUGGUUUUGUUACUGUCAUUUGCAUGGCCACAUUGGUAACCAGGAAAAGAAAUUUACUUAUCAAAUAUGAAUCUGAUGUUUUGAAUUGUAGCUUUUAUCCUUUCUGUUAAGUUAGGUGAGUUAGACACCUGGUCUGUGCUCGUUUACGUCAAGUGAUGGAUGCUUCCCGCCUCCUGGUUCCUCUGCACAACAGCUUCAGUAUAGACACCAACAUUAUCAGGUCUGUUUUCAGAGACAGGGCACUAUUGUGUCUGCAUAAUAAAACAAUAUGAACAUA